CCAUGUUUGCGUUAUCGUGGAGGCGUAACGUAGUGGACGCCGGCUGGAGCUGAGAGAGCGAGAGUAUGAAUGCAACAAGGUCGACUAGAAACCGCUUUUCAUUCAUGCAAAUAUCUACUGGGCCAUCCAGUUCACGUGCGUGUUUACGCAAUGUAUCUAUCCCCUGCACAGCCCUUCUACCGUGUGUCCUCCCGCAUGAUCCACCAUAUCAAGAGAUCGGCGUCUGACCUUUGGUUCAGCCCGACGCAAAGCUCCGUCAUCAUGCAUGAGCCGCCUUAUCGGAAGGGCCGGUGUUGGGACUAG